GCGCCGUUGCCGCAGUGACAGUACGGGGGAGUGGGAAGAUGGCGGCGUCGCGUCGCUCUCAGCAUCAUCACCACCAUCAUCAGCAACAGCUCCAGCCCGCCCCAGGGGCUUCGGCUCCGCCACCGCCACCUCCCCCGCCGCUCAGCCCGGGCUUGGGCCCGGGACCCACCCCUGCUUCGCCCACGGCCGGCGGCCUGGCGCCCUUCGCCUCCCCGCGGCACGGCCUGGCGCUGCCGGAGGGGGAUGGCAGCCGGGACCCGCCCGACAGGCCGCGAUCUCCCGACCCGGUGGACGGCGCCGUCUGCACCGUGGCUGCUCCGGCCGCGGUCCCGGCAGCUUCCGCCGCCGUCGGGGUCGCUCCCACCCCAGCCGGCGGCGGCGGCGGCGGCGGGAACAACUCCGCGUCGUCCGCUUCUUCCCCGACUUCGUCUUCGUCUUCCUCCCCGUCGUCCCCUGGCUCGAGUUUAGCGGAGAGUCCCGAGGCGGCCGGAGUUGGCUCCACGGCAACUUUGGGAGCCGGGGCGGCGGGCCUCGGCCCGGGGGUCCCAGCCGUGAGUGGAGCCCUGCGGGAGCUGCUCGAGGCCUGUCGGAAUGGGGACGUGUCCCGGGUGAAGAGGUUGGUGGACGCCGCGAACGUGAAUGCCAAGGACAUGGCCGGCCGAAAGUCUUCUCCCCUGCACUUCGCAGCAGGUUUUGGAAGGAAGGAUGUUGUAGAACACUUGCUGCAGAUGGGUGCUAAUGUCCAUGCCCGUGAUGAUGGGGGUCUCAUCCCACUUCAUAAUGCCUGCUCUUUCGGCCAUGCUGAGGUUGUGAGUCUGUUACUGUGUCAAGGAGCAGAUCCAAAUGCCAGAGAUAACUGGAACUAUACACCUCUGCAUGAAGCUGCCAUUAAAGGGAAAAUUGAUGUCUGUAUUGUGCUGCUGCAGCACGGAGCCGAUCCAAACAUCCGGAACACCGAUGGGAAAUCAGCUCUGGACCUGGCAGAUCCUUCAGCAAAAGCUGUCCUCACAGGUGAAUACAAAAAAGACGAACUCCUAGAAGCUGCUAGGAGUGGUAAUGAAGAAAAACUAAUGGCUUUACUGACUCCUCUAAAUGUGAAUUGCCAUGCAAGUGAUGGACGAAAGUCUACUCCAUUACACCUGGCAGCAGGCUACAACAGAGUUCGGAUAGUUCAGCUGCUUCUACAGCAUGGUGCUGACGUCCACGCGAAAGACAAAGGUGGACUUGUACCUCUUCAUAAUGCAUGCUCAUACGGACACUAUGAGGUCACAGAACUGCUGCUAAAGCAUGGAGCUUGUGUCAACGCUAUGGAUCUGUGGCAGUUCACACCGCUGCAUGAAGCUGCUUCAAAGAACCGGGUAGAAGUCUGUUCUCUGUUACUUAGUCAUGGUGCCGAUCCAACCUUGGUCAAUUGCCAUGGCAAAAGUGCUGUCGACAUGGCUCCAACUCCUGAGCUCCGGGAAAGACUGACAUAUGAAUUUAAAGGCCAUUCUUUACUCCAAGCCGCCAGAGAAGCAGACCUGGCCAAAGUUAAAAAAACGCUUGCUUUGGAAAUCAUUAACUUCAAGCAGCCACAGUCUCAUGAAACUGCAUUGCACUGUGCCGUGGCCUCCUUGCAUCCCAAACGAAAGCAGGUGGCAGAGCUGUUACUGAGGAAGGGAGCCAAUGUCAACGAAAAGAACAAGGAUUUCAUGACCCCUCUGCAUGUUGCAGCCGAAAGAGCUCAUAAUGAUGUCAUGGAAGUUCUGCAUAAGCACGGAGCAAAGAUGAAUGCACUGGAUAGUCUUGGCCAGACUGCUUUGCACAGAGCUGCCUUAGCGGGCCACCUGCAGACCUGCCGCCUCCUGCUGAGUUAUGGCUCUGAUCCUUCCAUCAUCUCCCUGCAAGGCUUCACGGCAGCACAGAUGGGGAAUGAAGCAGUGCAGCAGAUUCUGAGCGAGAGCACUCCUAUGCGCACUUCAGACGUGGACUAUCGUCUCUUAGAGGCAUCGAAAGCUGGUGACUUGGAAACUGUGAAGCAACUCUGCAGCCCGCAGAACGUGAACUGCAGAGACCUGGAGGGCCGGCACUCUACACCCUUACACUUCGCUGCAGGCUACAACCGCGUGGCUGUCGUUGAGUACCUUCUACAUCAUGGAGCUGAUGUCCAUGCCAAAGACAAAGGUGGCUUGGUUCCCCUUCACAAUGCCUGCUCCUAUGGACACUACGAGGUCGCCGAGCUCUUGGUGAGGCACGGAGCUUCAGUCAAUGUGGCCGACCUGUGGAAAUUCACCCCUCUCCAUGAAGCAGCAGCCAAGGGAAAAUAUGAAAUCUGCAAACUCCUUCUAAAACAUGGAGCAGAUCCAACUAAGAAGAACAGAGAUGGAAAUACGCCCCUAGAUCUGGUCAAAGAAGGAGACACAGAUAUUCAGGACCUACUGAGGGGGGAUGCUGCCCUGUUGGAUGCUGCCAAGAAGGGCUGCCUAGCCAGAGUGCAGAAGCUUUGUACUCCAGAGAAUAUCAACUGCCGAGACACCCAGGGCAGAAAUUCAACUCCUCUCCACCUGGCAGCAGGCUACAAUAACCUGGAAGUAGCUGAGUACCUUCUAGAGCAUGGGGCUGAUGUCAAUGCCCAGGACAAAGGAGGGCUAAUCCCACUUCACAACGCUGCGUCUUAUGGGCAUGUUGACAUAGCAGCGUUACUGAUAAAAUACAACACAUGUGUAAACGCAACGGAUAAGUGGGCCUUUACUCCCCUUCACGAAGCCGCCCAGAAAGGAAGGACGCAAUUAUGUGCCCUGCUCCUAGCACAUGGUGCAGACCCAACCAUGAAGAACCAGGAAGGUCAGACACCUUUAGAUCUGGCGACGGCUGAUGACAUCCGGGCUCUGCUGAUUGAUGCCAUGCCCCCUGAGGCCUUACCUACCUGUUUUAAACCUCAGGCAACUGUAGUUAGUGCCUCUCUGAUCUCACCAGCGUCCACCCCCUCCUGCCUCUCUGCUGCCAGCAGCAUAGAUAACCUCACUGGCCCGUUAACGGAUCUGGCUGUAGGAGGGGCCUCCAAUGCAGGGGAUGGUGCUGCGGGUGCAGAAAGGAAGGAAGGAGAAGUUGCAGGUCUUGACAUGAACAUCAGCCAGUUCCUUAAGAGCCUUGGCCUUGAGCACCUGAGGGACAUUUUUGAAACAGAGCAGAUUACGCUAGAUGUGUUGGCUGAUAUGGGUCAUGAAGAAUUGAAAGAAAUAGGCAUCAAUGCAUAUGGACACCGCCACAAGUUGAUCAAGGGUGUUGAAAGACUUUUAGGUGGACAACAAGGCACCAAUCCGUAUUUGACUUUUCACUGUGUGAAUCAGGGAACUAUUUUGCUGGAUCUUGCUCCAGAAGAUAAAGAAUAUCAAUCAGUAGAAGAGGAGAUGCAGAGCACUAUUCGAGAGCACAGAGACGGCGGGAACGCUGGCGGCAUCUUCAACAGAUACAACGUCAUUCGAAUUCAGAAAGUUGUGAAUAAGAAGCUGAGGGAGAGAUUCUGCCACAGACAAAAGGAGGUGUCUGAGGAGAACCACAACCAUCACAAUGAGCGCAUGCUGUUCCACGGUUCUCCUUUCAUUAAUGCAAUUAUUCAUAAAGGGUUUGAUGAGCGACAUGCAUACAUUGGAGGGAUGUUUGGAGCUGGAAUUUACUUUGCUGAAAACUCCUCAAAAAGCAAUCAGUAUGUUUAUGGAAUUGGAGGAGGAACAGGCUGUCCCACACACAAAGACAGAUCAUGUUAUAUAUGUCACAGACAAAUGCUUUUCUGUAGAGUGACCCUUGGAAAGUCCUUCCUGCAAUUCAGCACCAUGAAAAUGGCCCAUGCACCCCCAGGCCAUCACUCGGUUAUCGGUAGACCAAGUGUCAAUGGGCUAGCCUAUGCUGAAUAUGUCAUCUACAGAGGGGAACAGGCAUAUCCAGAAUAUCUCAUCACCUACCAGAUCAUGAAGCCAGAAGCCCCUUCACAGACCGCAACGGCAGCAGAGCAGAAGACCUAGUGAUCACCCCUGGUAAAGGCCAGAGUGAUUCAAACCUGCAACUGGAGUACAGUGGAUUGCUUCCAACAAAAAAAUCAAUAUUCUCUAAAUCCCAACAGCCAAGAAAUAAGCUGUCUUUUAUAAAGCAUUGCUAGAGUGACAGUGCAGAGUGGGUCCCAAGCACACUCACCUGCCCUGAUCCCUUUGAGGAAAUGGCUGCCGGGCAGUCUUGAACAUGUCUCAGGCCAUUUUCAUUGCAGUUACCCAUUUCUGAAGCAAGAUGCUUUGCUCGAGAUGUAGAGAUGGGAAAGAGAAUGUGCUGGCUCGCGCGUUCUUGGUUCAUACACUACAUUUUCUUGGUUAUGUUUGGCACAUGAAUAACAGACACAUGGGGUGGGCUCAUUUUUUAAUUUUGCCAAACAUAUUUGUUGAUGUUUCUUGUCGUUGUUGUUACUUUGAAAAUGAGCCAGUCUUCCUGGGAUAUUUUGCACAGAGUCACACUGACUAAAAUCAUUAGCAAUGCAGCCGAGCAAGACACUGUUCCCAUGUCCCUGUUGUUCGAUUUUGUAUCUCUGCUUCUUGUGAACAUAAAGGAAAAAUAGCAAUA